AUGAUUGUGUGGGUUCAGCUUCCGGCACUCCAAGUACAUUUUUAUCACAAGGAGAAGGUUGAGUAUGAGAACUUGCCGGCAGUGUGUUUCGAUUGUGGUAAGAUUGGCCAUAACGCGGACAAGUGCCCCCGUCUCUACCCGACCAGCCAACCAGGGCAGUUAGCCAUUGUGGAAGUUAGCGCGGCGGCGAGCAUCGAGAUGGCGACGCCGGAGCCUAGCGCCGGUUAUGGACCAUGGAUGCUGGUUUCCAGGAAAUCCCGUCGCAAUUCACGGGAGAUUUCACAAAAAAGGAAAGAAGAAGUUGAAGUUGGCAAACAUAUCGGUGGAAUUGGAGAUAAAAAUGGAAAAGAGGAAGCCAGGAAAGGAAAGGGGAAGAUGUAUGGAGUGUCGUUACCGGUUGAAGAGGUGCUGGGCCCUGGGCCUUCUUCGGCACCCUCACCGCAGGUCUUGAGUGGCCCAAUCACUAGUAAAAACCAGGCGAACACGCCCCACGUUACUCUCUUAGGUGAUAUCCCUGUUGGGCCCAACAUGAAUAUACACUUAGCCCAGUCGUCGAACAAGGAGCAACCCGGAAUUGGCCCUGCAGUCCAUAAGGUGAUCGGGCCAAAUGGCACCAACAUCCAAAUUGUGGAGCUUCGAUCCUCAACUUCCACUUUGACACAUGAACAGCUAAGUACGGCGGUCGAAGCUAGGAAAGGAAAAGGUAAACAAAGCAGAAACAGUAACCCUAGGUCGCGAAAAUGCACUCCGGUUAAGAUGAAUCCCCUAAAGCUUCUGCAGACUAGGUCUCCUAUGAAGGAGAAGAAAUCCAAAAGCAAGGCUCGGCUAGCCUUCCUUACUCUGCAGGACAUAAAAAAAUGGACAUCGGUUGGAAAGAACAAAACAACUGUUGAGAUGGAUGAGGUCCUGCCGAAUGUGGAGGAGGGCGCUCCGGGGCUGCAGAACGGCGAAGGCGGACUUCAAGCCUCAACAUAA